ACGCGCAGGCCUGUUCAGGGCAGGCAAACAGAGCGGCGCGCGCGUUCGCGCGCUCCCGGUGCCCUCCCCCGUGACGUGCUUGGCCGAGGCCGCGCAAGGGCGCUGUAGCUGCCAGUGCCGCUGUCAUGGCGUCCGUGGCGCUGUCUGAGGAGAACCCACCGCGGUUUCUUUAGAGCAAGGGGCGGGCAGCUGGGUAUGGAGAGCGGCCCCGAAAGCCUGCAGCCGGUAGAACAUGGGGUGGCCACCGGGCCAGUGCCAGAGACAGGUUCUCCACAGGAAGGGCGACAGGACACCAGGCUUUCCGCUGGGGAUGGUCCUGGAGUAUGGGCGGCGGAGAGCAGCGGCGGGAAUGGGCAGGGGGCGGCGGCCGCCGGGAGGAGCCUCUCGGACUCGGUUUCUCCCUCCGGCUCUCCUCCGGUCCUUGUACCCUGCAGCUCCCUCCCAAGUGUGGACUUGAAGGAGAGCGAUUUGGAGAGUCGUGCUGCUCAGAAGGCGCCUCUGAGAGGGCAGCACAAGGUGACCGCCUCCCCAGAGAUUGCCGAGGCCGGAGCCGGCCAUGGGUUGGGUCCGGCCGGAGACGCGGGCGCCCGCCGGGAUCCCGCAGGCACCUGCGGGGCAGGGUCGACGGCCGCGGGCUUCGAGGAGCCCAGCAGCGGCGGCGGCCUCAGCAGCAGUUGCAGCGACCCGAGUCCUCCUGGGGAAUCGCCGAGCCUGGACUCCCUGGAAUCGUUCUCUAACCUGCAUUCUUUUCCCAGUAGCUCCGAGUUUAAUAGUGAGGAAGGAGCUGAGAACAGGGUCCCCGAGGAGGAGGAGGGCGCGGCGGUGUUGCCGGGGGCUGUGCCUCUGUGCCGGGAGGAGGAGGAGGAGGAGGAGGAGGAGGAGGAGGAGGAGGAGGGGGAGGCGGCUCAGGUGCUGGCGGCCUCCAAGGAACGCUUCCCGGGACAGUCUGUCUAUCACAUCAAGUGGAUCCAGUGGAAGGAGGAGAACACACCCAUCAUCACCCAGAAUGAGAAUGGCCCCUGCCCUUUGCUGGCCAUCCUCAAUGUUUUGCUUCUGGCCUGGAAGGUGAAACUUCCACCGAUGAUGGAAAUCAUAACUGCUGAACAGCUGAUGGAAUAUUUAGGCGAUUACAUGCUUGAUACAAAGCCAAAAGAAAUUUCAGAAAUUCAACGUUUAAACUAUGAGCAGAAUAUGAGCGAUGCUAUGGCAGUAUUGCACAAACUACAGACCGGCUUGGAUGUAAAUGUAAAAUUCACUGGUGUUCGAGUGUUUGAAUAUACACCAGAAUGCAUAGUAUUUGAUCUUCUUGAUAUUCCUUUGUACCAUGGAUGGUUAGUGGACCCUCAGAUUGCUGACAUUGUAAGAGCUGUUGGUAACUGCAGCUACAACCAACUAGUGGAGAAGAUCAUCUCUUGUAAGCAGUCAGACAAUAGUGAGCUGGUUAGUGAAGGCUUUGUAGCUGAGCAAUUUCUAAAUAACACAGCCACUCAACUGACAUACCAUGGAUUAUGUGAACUAACUUCAACGGUUCAGGAAGGAGAACUUUGUGUGUUCUUUCGGAAUAAUCAUUUUAGCACCAUGACCAAAUACAAGGGUCUACUGUAUUUGUUGGUAACAGACCAGGGGUUUCUCACUGAAGAAAAAGUUGUUUGGGAAAGCCUACACAAUGUUGAUGGUGAUGGAAAUUUCUGUGACUCAGAAUUUCAUCUACGGCCUCCUUCAGAUCCUGAAACCGUAUACAGAGGUCAACAAGAUCAGAUAGAUCAGGACUAUCUUAUGGCAUUAUCUCUACAACAAGAACAGCAGAGCCAAGAGAUCAAUUGGGAACAAAUACCUGAAGGAAUCAGUGAUUUGGAACUAGCAAAGAAACUCCAAGAAGAAGAAGAUAGACGAGCUUCUCAAUAUUAUCAGGAACAGGAACAAGCAGCAGCUGCUGCUUCUGUUUCUGCUUCUGUUUCUGCUUCUGUUUCUGCUUCUGCUCCUGCUUCUACUUCUGCUUCUGCACAGGCCCAGCAGAGCCAACCAGCACAAGCCUCUCCAUCAAGUGGCAGACAAUCUGGGAAUAGUGAACGUAAACGAAAGGAACCUCGAGAAAAAGAUAAAGAAAAAGAAAAGGAAAAAAAUAGCUGUGUAAUUUUGUAACAAAUAUUGGAUUCUGUUGGAACCAUCUAUAUGUCUUCAGAAACAAAACCACAGGAGGAAAGGAAGAAAAAUCGAUAAAUACCGUCUGUGCCUGAUUUCCUAAUGGAUUUUGUUCAUGUUUUUCAGGGGAAAGGUUGUUACUUAGUUACAAUCAGACUUUUUCCAAGUCACACAGUACAUUCUUUAUGAGUUGGAGUUUUAUGUUACAAGUUGGAAAUGCUGUGUGUUGUCAUUAAUGAAAAAUAAUGCACUUGUAGCCAAAUAAGCAAAUCACAGCAAAUUUUGUGUCAUAGUGACAUUCAUAACUCAUAUCAGUUAGUAAGCUAUUUUAUCUUCUGUUCUAACAAUGAAUAGAGGUAUUGAUUUUGUCUGAUUCCUUCCUCUAAAUAUUAGCACAAUAGUUUCUGAAAUUAAUUUUUCAAUGUUAAAGUAUGAUCUCAUACAUGAGAAACCAGAGGUUUAAUAUAGAGAUUUAAAAAGAAAAAAAAAAAGAGAGAGAGAGAGAGACAAAGAUAACAAGAAUAUAAAUAACCCUCAGUUGUAUAUUGGACUAGUUCAGCCCUUGAACAGCUUUACCUUUAGGAAUGUAAAUUUUAGAUAUAUCUUGAGAACUGAUUAUGGAGCUUGGAUUUAAUUUAGAUAGAAACAAUAAAGAUUUGUAUUUCUUUUCCAUUAGCAAAAAAAUACAUAACACUAAUACUCAUAUCUUAUCAAAAUUAGAUCUUAAUGACUUUGUAGUAUUGUAAAAUUUUGAGGAAUUUUGAAAUCUUUAAUCUAGGUUACUUGGACCACUUAUUACUAUUUAUUGACAAUGUGAUGAGUGAGUAUAAGGAGGAAACAAACCACAGUGGAUGCUGGGCCUUGUAAAUAUGGAGAUGUAGAAAAGGAGAUUGUCUACCUUUUUCUAGAAUUACCUUGAACCUUAAAAUUUAAAUCAUGUUUAUUUUCUAGAAAAUUAAGUAUACUUAUUAAUACCAACAAAAAAGCACAUUUCUGAAAGGAUAUUAGAGAUAAUCUCUGAGUCUAGUGGAAAAGCAUUUUAAAAAUUUCUUUGAGGAUAGAUAAAAAUUUGAAGGAAUUUAUGUAAAAAAACAAUCAGAUUUUUUUUAACUUAUGAGAACCAAAUAAACCUAUAACAUCAUGUAGUGUUUAUAGGAUUCAGAAAGAAUAUUUAUUGAACUUUAUUAUGAGGCAACACAUAUUUUCCUGUAUUUCUGUCAUUUGGAAAACUACCCUUAAUAGGCCUUUUUAUAUGCUUUAUAUUUAAAAGUUUGUUUUAGUCAUUUUUUGAUAAGACUGUUGCUGCUGCAAGUAGUUAUGUGAUUACAUUCUAAGCCUCAGUAAAUUUGUUUAUUCAAGAGAAUCUUUAUCUAACCUGAGCAUCCAGGUCUGGGAUGACAAAAGACUAAAAAAAAAAAAAAAAAUGUUGUCUCGAUUUCUUAAGCUAUGUCCUUAACAUUCUCCAUGUUAUAUAACUCCAAGACCAGUGAUAGGAUAAAUCUAUAUGUAAAAAGUAAAAGUCUUAUUUAUGGAAGAAAUUAUUCUAAGAGAAAUAUUCAGGGUCAAGCUGUAUCUUUUAUGUCCUCCUCUAUUACAUGUCUGUUUAUGUUAUAUCAUUUGUUAUUCCUUUAAAUUUUGUAUGAUAGCAUGAUAAGUCAUCAGAGAACCUUUUUGGGGUAUAAAUCCUUCAUAUAAAAUAUUUGGUACUCACCAAAUAUUAUCAGUACUCUUGAUAAUAACCCAGAAUAUGCAUAUGUUGCUAAAGUAAUCAAAUGUACUACAGAAUUCUCUAUUGGCUCAAACAAGUUGACCUUAGUCCAAGUUUAUUCUUGAAAUCACUCUAUUGGUUGAGGCAAGAAACUCAAACCUCAGGGUUUGUUUUCCCCAGAACAGAUAAUAGCGAUAGUACACUAUAUUUUAUCAAGAAAAAACAAUAAAUCUUGAGAAAUUUUUAAAACCAUAUUUGAAACAUUUUUUCAUAAUUAUAUACUUAUCUAUUUAUUGCCCUUGAAAAAUAUGUGUAGAGGUUAUUUUUCUGUUAGUUGUUACUGCUUUCUUAAUUUGUUCCAAAGAUAACACUGCCAUUCUGCAUUCCCAUUAGAAGAGACAAAACUCAAAACCAGCAAUGCUACUAUCAGAUAAGUAGAUAUCAAUGUAUACUUAUAAGAAAUAACUAAGAAAUGUAAUGUGUUUGUUAAUUCAGCCUUUUUCUAUGUAAUAUUUCCAAGUCAGACUUUCUUACAUUCCUAGAAUUCAGUUUGAUAUACCAAGCGUAAUAAUGAUAAAAUGUUUGCUUUGAAUACUGUGGGGGAAAAAUUAAAUGUUCAAUUCUAUUUUUUAAAAAAUCUCAGAGAUACUGGUUUCCCAUCCUUGAAGGUUAUAAAGAAUUUAGAGCUAUUAUGUCUUUAUUUUCUUAUAUUUGUUCAAGGCAACAAAUUACAUAUUCAGAUAUUUCUUUGUUGGUUUGAGUACAUUGAAAUUUGAUAGUGGUAUAUUAAAGCCUUUCCUUCCCAGUAUUUUUUAAUGCUUGAAAAUUAUUAAAUGUACACUGCUAGCAGAAAUUAGUUCUUAAACCAUUUUUUAAGAUUUAUAGGCUAGAUUAGGGGCACAUUUACAUCAACCAGUCACUAUUAGAGCUAGCAAAAGAGGCAGAUGAAUGAAUGGAUAUGGUCAUUGCACCUUCUUGUACUUUCAAAGCCUAUUCCUUAAAGUUAGUAACCAGUCUGCUGAUUACUAUAAUAUGGAAAAUUAUAAUUAAUAAUACAAAAAUUUUCUUAAUGUCUAAUACUAUUGAAUUGAUAAUGCUGUGAUUUAUAAUAGGUUAUCAAUACUUAAAAAUACAUCUGUGUCUGUGUGUGUGUGUGUGUGUGUGUGUGUGUGUGUGUGUGUGUGUUUCCCAAGCACAGAUCCAUGACUUCUAUUAGGUUUUCAAAGAAAUCUGGCAACUCUCCCUCAAAUUUAAGAAUCGCCAUUCUAGGAACACAUACACCCAGCUAUUUGAGGCAGCUAAAAUUGGCAUUGGCUGCUUCCUAUAGCAUGAUGGUUCAAUGUGUAUAGGUAAAGUAACGCAUAAAUGUUUCAAGGUUUAAAGUUGGUAAUUGAAUGACACAUAGAUUUAAGUAUAUAAUUAAGCUCUGGGGUUUUUUUGUCUCACAUUUCUAUUUAUUAUUUGACUAUUUAUCCCAUAUUAUAUUUUGAAUUCUUCCUGAGACUUCUUGAUCUUAUCUUAAUUAAGCAAGUUACUAUCAGAGAUUAGUUAACUGAAUACAACAUUAACCAUUUUUUACUUUCACAAAACCUUAACAUUUUGUUUUCAAUGAAUCACCAACUCUGUUCACUAAGAGACAGAGAUCUGGAGAGGAAAGAGGACUAGAAGUCAAAUAGAUAUUUAAGGAAAGAAUUAUAUUAAUGUUGGCAUAUAAAUCAGGUAUUUGUAAAAUCCUGCUGGAGAGAAAUAUCAAGGCAAGAAUUUCUAGAACUGUCCUAAAUCUCAUUUAUUUAAAAAAAAAAUUUUUUUAGAGCAAAAAGCAAAUCAAUUGCAUUUCACUUAACUUUCCUAUUCAGUGUAGUUAUUUAAAAACAUGUGGUGCAGUGGGUUAAGGAUGCAGCCUUGUCACUGCAGUGGCUCAGGUCACUGCUGUGGCGCUAGUUCUGUUCCUGGCCCAGGAACAUCCACAUGCCCCAGGUACAGCCUAAAUAAAUAAAUAAAUAAAUAAAAAUAUGAUGGAAAGCCUAUCGCUUUUACCUAUCACAGACUGCUUGGGCAUAAACUUAAACUAUGAUAGUAAAUUUAUCAAUAUUUGAUAAAAAGAUGGAGGCAUUAAAGAUGAUAUAUUACCUGUAUUUUAAUGAAUAAGAAAUAUGAAAUUCUUAAUCAUUUUGUCUAAAAACCUGGCUUUUAUCUUGCCAUGGGCAAACUUUCUGUGCCUCAAUUUACUCUUAAAUAUCCAAAGGAUUCUCAUUGUUAGUGCUUUACAUUUUGAAUAAAGGGCAUAGUAUAUAAGCACAGACUAUUACUGAAAUAAUCAUUAAAUAUUACACAUCUUUGAACUUAAAUGUGUAGGUUUUUUCCCCAAUGACAAUAUUUCUAAAGCCAGUUAUUUUUUAAUGCUUUCAAAGUUUAUAAAAUUAUUCUCUUUGAGUAUGGCAUCAUUUCUUCCCAAAUUGUAUUUUACAAUUGCUCUUGUGUUCUGUGGGCAAGAGGAUCAAAACCAAGAGUGUUUUGGGAGAAUAAAAGCAUUAAAAAUGAUUUUUUUUCAGUGUCUUUCAUAUACCUAAAUACUUAGAUUUUCUUUGCCUCUUCCUUCAUGGAACAAAGUACAAUGGUAUCAGGUUACUGAUAUGUAAACUUUCUUGCAUGGGUGGAAUUCAUUUACAUCUCUUAAGUACUGUCCUUUUUAGGGCUGUUUAAAUUAUUUGUUUUUUAAGUGUUAAAAUGUCAUUUGAUAAUGCACAGUUAAGUUUCUUUUUGAACGUGAUUGGAAAUGGUGAAAGAAUCAUUGGAAUCAGAGUUCUUAGGUCCUCUGGUAAUUGUCUUUUUUUUUUUUUUUUUUUUUUUUUUACUGAUGUCCAACACUUCUAAAGCUAUUGAAAAAACAUGAAAAAAAUGUGGUCACUCUUUUUGAGUGACACUUUAAAAGAAACUAAAAUUAUAAUCAAAGGGUUCUUGAACAAAAUAUAUUGCAAAAUAGAGAUAAUGGAGUCUGAGGGACAAAUUGCAGGAUCCUGGUAAGUUUAACUUAUUUUGAAGAUUUAUCUAAAUCUUAACACAUGCAUGUUCGCUUACUUAAUCCCAUUGUUUCUCCCUUUUGAAAUUAGAGUUCAAUAAAUCAUGAUGGGUAUAUGUAUAUUUACAUGAAGGAUUCCCCUUUCUGAUAUCACUUUUCUGAUUUCAAAAAAGUUUAACUUAAACAGGGUAAAAGUCUUCAACUAUUGCCUCAAGUUUAGCUUCAUCCUGUUGAACCAAGAAAGGGUGAGGUUUAGAUUUGUCUGCCUAUGAUAGCUAAUUUUUAGGGCAUGGUACUAUCCCAGAUAAGGUGUUGAAAUACCUGGGCAGAAACAUAAAGCCUAGCUUUAAACCACAGUAGACUUAAAGAACAAGAAGUUGCAUUAUUAUCUACUUCAUCUGAUAUUAAUUCUAAGAAAGAAUUCUUUCAAACUACUUAAGAAUUUGUCACCAUUAACUUUAAAAACUGUAUACCUAUGCUUACUGUAAUAGCCUACCUUGAAGGGCAGAGGUUCCUCCUAUAUUAGAAGGUGGAUAAAGAAAAAUUCUUCUGAAAAUGAUCCUGGCUUAUUUGGCUCUAGUAGUUACAACUUUAAAUAGAAAUUCAGGAAACUGAAGUGCCCAUUUAAAUUCCUAAAUCAGUGACCUGUCCAAAUGAGCAUUAUAAAUAAGAUAACUUGCAGAACAGUUCUAACCAAUUAACUGCAUUUUAAGACUAAGAUUAGCAAUUAAUCUGUCCUGUGUAUCUCUCAGUUUUGUCAGUUUUUGUUAUACCGUACUUGUAUGAAAUAAUUUUUUCCCAGGUAUAGAAGAUAUCCUAGAGCAUUACAGAUUUUUAAAGACGAGGACUUGAAAAGCUUCCAGUGGUUUCUGUUUAAAGGAUAUCUUUCUCAAUAAAAUCACAACUAUUGUUUUCACAGAUCCAAACAUCACAAGUAGGACAAUAUGAUCGGAGAUUGAUGUAUGAUUGCUACCCAACAAUCAGCAAAAGGGAUAAUCACGACUUGUGAAACUUCAGAGGUACCCUGAAAGUCAUUUCCUAAAGUUAGUGCAUGUGAGUCUUCUUCCUUGAAUUGUGCAGAAUCAAUUGGAUUGGGGAAUAGCAAGUGAAGUGGUAUGAUGAUGGCAGAGAAAGUGAUCUUGAAAUGUAACAAGAAACAAGUUUUCUUUCUCCACUUUACUGCCCUGCUAUUUGGGUCAAGAGGUUGCUAUGAUAGAUCUCCUUGUGCCAGGCCAAGAUUGGCCAACUGAAAUAGAGUUCUCAAAGAGCUGAAAUAUAUAAAUUGUGUAUGAGUGCCUAUUUUUUUCCUCCUUCUUUCCUUUACUAUCUUAAUACCCUUUCUACUUCUGAAAUAAUUCAUCUGUUUUGCUCUAUGACCAGCUUUAAUUUCAGUUUAAGAAUAACAGCAACCCUAGAAAGUGAUAGAAAAGAGCAUUGAGAUACAUUUUUUUAAUAAAGACACUAAAAGCAAUCUAGCAUAGGGUUGAACUGAAUUUCCAUCAAAGAAAGUUAUUGUUUUAUAGGCUAAUUAUGCUAAAACUAUUUGAUUCUAAAAACCAUGUCUUCAGUUUCAAAAGCUUCACUUUUGAAACUCCUUAAAAGGGAUACUCCUUAAAAAGGCAUAUUAACAUAGAUGGGAAAAUACAAAAUAUUUCUGAAAGAAUUAUUCAGUAUUAUUCAAUAUUUAAUUUUAUGUUUGUUAUUGUACCACAAGGAUAGCAUCAUUCUUGGAUUAAAAUGUUGGAUUUUUUUUUUGUUAACAUACUUAAAACUGUAACCAGUGGUAACACUCUUAGUAUUUUUUAUUAUAGAUUAUAUUUUAUUUCAAUAAAAUUUGAUAUUUAGACCAAAAA